AUGUCGUCGUCUACGAGUGUCACGGACGGUAUGACGCAGAUGGUGGUCUCCCAGGCCUCCCUCGACGGCGUCUUUUUUGAGGCUCUUCUGAGCCAAGAGCUCAACCUAGCACUGUGGCGGAGCUGCGGCGCACCACAGGAGGCGCUGCAGUGUGCCCUGGAAGAGAUGCAGCGGCUGGACCGGGCCGCGUGUGAAGAAGACGCCGUUCUACGCUACCUCAACACCACACGCUUCGCCGAGCAGCGUACGUACAAGCGGCGCCGCGCUGAGCUGCAGUCGCAGCUGUACAAAACACGCGAGAAGGUCUCCGCUCUGGAGAAGUUGGUGGGCGUCGAAGCUGCCGGGUCUUCCCUGCGUGAAUUUGGUACUGGCGAGCGCUUGCGUGCGUGCUUGCGCGAGUAG